GAAAGCAGUUCCUCACUUGUGAUGUUUCUCCUACUGAUGUGUUCCAUCAACAGCAGCUGUACAUAUGCAUAUUCAGUGUUCAUGAGGAAGGACGAAGCACACGAGGUGCUCAAAGUCCAUAAACGUGCCAAUUAUUUUCUAGAAGAGAUUUGUCCAGGGAACUUGGAGAGAGAGUGCAACGAGGAGAAGUGUUCCUUUGAGGAGGCCAGGGAGAUCUUCCACUCGCAGGAGAAAACAAUGGAGUUUUGGUUCAAUUACAAAGGUUUAAAUCCAUGUAAUACAAAUCCAUGUAACAAUGGUGGAGUCUGCAAAAUAAGACACUACAAUUACUAUUGCAUCUGCCCCCCAAGAUUUGGAGGAGACAACUGCAAAAAAGAGAAGUUUGAGUGCUGGUACAAGAACGGCGGGUGCUGGCAGUACUGCAGGGACAGCAGCAGUGCCUUUCACGUGGUGUGUUCCUGUGCAAAGGACUACACCCUGCACAAGGAUGGGAAGAGAUGUGUGCAAGCAGCACCAUUUCCAUGUGGCCUGAUUAAAGCCAGACACGCUCUGGAGGAAGAGUGGCUGGGGCUGGAAAGGCUUCCAAGGGGACUACGGGAGCAUGGGGAUGAUGAAGCCAAGAAGAAUGAGAGCACAGUUAUGCAACUGGAGUUGAAACACAGUGCUGCUGGGGAAAAUGAGACCUUACAGGAUGGCUUUGGGCAGAGCAUGCACACAGAGGGUGACAUAGGACAAGCAGAGGUGACAGGGAACAAAACCUUGGUGGACUCUGUGAUGCAGAAGCCACUGGGGGCUGGUUUCUCUGCACACAGUGAGGCAGUGGCAGGCACUGCCAGGCCUGGCAAGCCUGGGGGAAGCCUGGCUCUGUGGUAUGAGGCCACCCAGGGCCCUGUGUGGCAGGAGGAGACCACAGAACCUGCUGCCAAGCAGGAAGUGGUGGGAAAUGCCAUCCAAACAGCACAGACUGGGCUUCAUUGGAGCAGUGACUGGGGACGUGUUUCAGACACGCCUCAGUUUGUCCGGAUAAAUGUCAGCUCUAAUUUACAGCACAACGGCUCCAGGAUAACAGGAGGAUCUUUGUGUCAUCGUGGACACUGCCCCUGGCAGGUUUUAAUCCGGAAUAGCAAAGACAUUGGUUUCUGUGGAGGGAGUUUAAUCAGCAGCCGCUGGGUGGUCACGGCUGCUCACUGCCUUGAUCUCGUCAGGCCACACCACGUCACCAUAGGAGACUUUGACAAGUAUCAAAGAGAGUUUAAAGAACAGAAGAUUAAUGUGGAACAGAGCUGGACACAUCCACAUUAUGAUUCCAAUAACUACAACAGCGACAUCGCCUUGUUGUACCUGAGCAGUGCUGUUGUUUUCAAUGAGUAUGCAAUUCCCAUCUGCCUUCCAAGCCCCAGCCUUGCCACCCUGCUAUCCGAAGAAGGAAGAAUAGGGAUGGUAAGCGGCUGGGGUGCCACUCACAACAGAGGUUCGACUCUGCGCUUCCUCAUGAAGGUCCGGCUGCCCAUUGUAAAUAUGGAGACCUGCCAGAAGUCAAUGGACAGACUCGUUACUGAUAACAUGUUCUGUGCAGGGCACCACACUGAAGUGGCAGAUGCCUGCAAAGGGGACAGUGGUGGCCCUUUCACCGUGUCUCACCACAACACCUGGUUUCUUCUGGGGAUUGUAAGCUGGGGAGAGGGCUGUGCUGAGAAAGGGAAAUAUGGCGUGUACACCAGAGUGUCCAACUACAUCCCCUGGAUUAAAGAGGUUGUUGAGAGUGUAGCAGAUUCUGAGAACUUUUCCAUUAACUUUUCCUAAUACUGUCCUUGAAAUCAGGAACAAUGCUAUUAUUACGUUUCAUUUUCAGACUCUACACAUUUCCUGGCCUUAAUGGUGUAAAACCAAGGUUAUCUUUAAAGAAAUGUUAAGUCUGUUUACCAUAAAUGGUUAAAGUGUUCAUCUGAGUAUUACUAAAACAGUUGUUAUAAUAAAGAAUUAUUCCACAAAUAGCAAA